UCUGCGAGCGAUAAACGCGCCACACUGACUCAAUGCAACAUGAAGGACCGCACACAAGAGCUCAGACAUGGAAAAGACCCAGAAGACGUGGACGAGGUGGCCGUCGGUAUUGAAAAGGGUUUCAUGGACGAGUUCUUUGAGCAGGUAGAGGAGAUUCAAGGGUUCAUUGACUCUCUGGCAGAGAAAGUAGAAGAAGUGAAAAUAAACCACAGCGCCAUCCUGGCCUCUCCAAACCCAGACGAGAAAACAAAAGCAGAUUUGGAGGAGUUGAUGACAGAUAUCAAGAAGUUGGCUAAUAAAUUACGCUCCAAGUUAAAGAAUAUCCAGCAGACCAUAGAGCAGGAGGAGGCACUAAACCAUUCAAAACAUCCAUCAGCUGAUCUGAGGAUACGGAAAACACAGCACUCCACCCUGUCACGUAAAUUUGUGGAGGUGAUGACGGAAUAUAAUGCAACGCAGUCAGAUUACAGGGAACGCUGUAAAGGACGGAUACAGAGACAGCUGGAGAUCACGGGGAGAAAUACAACAAAUGAGGAGUUGGAGAGCAUGUUAGAAAGUAACAACCCCUCCAUCUUCACUUCAGGGAUCAUCAUGGACUGCAACAUCAGUGAACAGGCCAUGAAUGAGAUUGAGACGCGGCAUAAUGAAAUCAUCAAACUGGAGAACAGCAUCCGUGAGCUGCAUGAUAUGUUCAUGGAUAUGGCCAUGCUGGUGGAGAGCCAGGGAGAUAUGAUAGACCGUAUAGAGUAUAAUGUGGAUCAUUCAGUGGAUUACAUUAAGGAUGCAUUGUUAAACACCAAGAAGGCUGUAAAGUACCAGAGUAAAGCGCAAAGGAAGAAAAUCAUGAUUAUUAUCUGUUGUGUGCUGCUGGGAAUCGUUGUUGCUUCUAUCAUUGGUGGUGUGUUGUCCUGAAUGACACACGUACAGUGUGAUGUGUUUAGAGCAGAUAAUAAAGAGAAUGUUUGUUUGUUUCAUCAAACCUGAGCAAAAGUCAUGUAGUGUAUUCUAGCCUUUAUUCUGGCUAUUGUAGGUCAUUGUAUUUUUUCAAGAAUUAAAACACAGGUCGCCUCUGAACAAAACAAAAUGUAUCAUCUGUCAGUGUGAUACUUUGAGGCUCUUUGAAGCAAACAAAUUCUCUCAAUCUAUAUAGCGAUAAACAGAAAGCAGUGUGUGCCGUUAUCAUUAAUGAGCCACUAGUCUUCUUUAAAUUGCAAAUAAAGAUCUGUCUUUGUUUUAUUCUGUUGUUGCAAGUAAAGUUCCAGUUUAUUCACACCUCAGAUUAUUUCCAGAUGUUUGUGUGCUUCAUAUACACGUGAAUGUCUAAAGAAAACAUGCAUUACUCGAUUUUAAAGUCCUCUAAUUCAUUAUAAGUAAAGUGCUGUAUAGACAUGUUUCAGAGGACAUCCUCUCCAUCUGCUCUGCGAG